GUCGCGGAAAUUAAAAAGUAAAUGAGCUAGCUAAAGUGACGGUCGACAGCUCAUCGUUGCGUUGUUUUCGAUGAUAAUUUUAAAGUUUUUAAACAUUUGCUAGGAGUGUUGUGAUCUAAAUCUUUAUACCAAGAUGUGGGAUCCAACUCAUGUUCAAGUUACUAUUCAAAGGGCUCGUGGACUUUUGAUCAAAGGUAAAAAUGGUGCAAAUAACUGUUUUGUUACGAUCGCUCUCGGUAAAGAUAAAUUCCAAACUUCCGUCAAACACAAAGCAACCCAGAAUGUCGAAUGGGUUGAAGAAUGUGAAUUACGUAUACCUACGCAGGGAAAUACGGCUGAGAUUGUUUUAAAGGUGUACGACGAAGAUCUAUUAAAAGACCACUUACUAGGUCAAGUAUCGAUUCCGUUAAAAGACCUCGAUGUUUACGAGCGGCCAAGAAGCCGUUGGUAUACCUUGCAGGGAAAAUCUGGAAAGGAAAAUGAUAAACCUAGGGGCGAGUUGGAAGUCAAAAUCGCUUUUACUGUUAAAGAAGGAAGCUUAACUGAUUUGAGCAAGAAAGAUAAACAUAGGUCUUCUUUGUCUAGCAUCGCGCAGAAUGUAGGUGGCAGUCUCAUGAGCAUUGGUAGCAUUGAGAAACGUAAAAGCAUCAAGAAGUUUGCUAAAAAUCUUGGUUCCAAAAUGAAUUUAAGUAAGAAAGAUAAGAAAAGUGACUCAUCAUCCUUAAGUGGUAGCAUUGGGAAUCUCAAGAGUUCUACAUUCUCUACUCCUGAGCAUUCCACUCCUAAACGUGUGCCAGGAGAGGCAGACCCUGGGGUCAUUAGUGAGGAUGAUGAUGAGUUUGCUUUUGAUGAUUUAUCUCAUAAAAGCUCUGGAAGCUCACUUAAUGUUCAGACUUUACCACGAGGUCAUAAAUACACACCUUCACCUGUGAAUGCUUCAUUGGAAAAUCUAGGAGGAGGUGAAUUCUUGAGAAGGUCCACUAGUAGUAACUUGGCAGCACCAGAAAAGCAAGCUCCGCAAAAGCCUGUGCGCCUGAGCCUGGACACAUUCACAGCUCCACAACUACCAGCACAGGUCAUUGACAAUAAUGAUGAAUGGUCACAGAAACUAUAUUCUAAGCGAAAAUCAAACAGUCAAUUAGCUAUUGAUAGAGAAAAGUCUUCAAGUCUAGAAAGGAACAAGAAACUUGAUAGUCCAAGUUCUUUGAAAGAGAGGCCUAGUCCAAAGUUCUUCAAGAAAUUUGGUAAUAAUAACAAACAGAAGAAACUGUUGGAAGAGCGUAUUAUUGUCGGAGAAGAGAAUAUCGCUGAGGAAGACUCAAUAAACCCAGCAUUCAAUAACAUUCCUAAAUCCAUUGUUAAGGAUUUUGAUGGCAAGUCUCGAGAAGACCUAAUGGUCAUGGUUUAUAACUUGCAAAAAGAUGUUGAACAUGAGAAGAAGAAAAAUAAAGAUCUCGAAAACUAUCUGGAUGAACUGCUUCUGAGAGUAAUGGAAACUACACCAAGAAUUUUACAGAAUCCUUACACUAGAAAUAACAGCAUGCAUAUUAGAAACAAAUAAUUUUUAUCUAAUUGCCUAAAAAAAUCAAUAAAGUUAUCAAUUGCAUGAUUGCAAAGAUAAAUAUAUGGCAUGCCUCAUUGUAUUCAAUGUUUAUGUUAUAAUCAUUGUUUAAAGAAAUUUUCUUUGAGCAUUGUUUAGGUUGCUAUAUACCAUUUAUGUUGAACAAGAAUUAUAAUUGAAAGAAUUGUUUUUCCAGUGAAGUAUUAGGUAAUCACUAGUGACACUUAUCUAUUAAAAUUAGUGGAGAUUGUGUGUAUGAAUAAAGUUAAAUUAUCUACAUGCUCGUCAACUUUCACUUCUCUGAAGAUCUAAUCACAUACAAACUUAGUGCCUUAUGUAUUUGAAAAGUCUGUGAUAGAUAUUAUAAUUUGGUUUAUUUGGAUUCAUAUUUCUGAAAUUUUGCAUGUUUUAUAUUAUCUUAUCUGCUAUUUCCAAUCUCAGGGAAUCAAGAUGAUAAUCAUGUCAUGAUUGAUAAGUCAAUAUAACAAAUAUGCUACUAUAUAGUACUGUUAUAUAAAUUUUAGUUGUAAUUGAAGUACCUAAUCUGUGUAAAAUUAUUUUUUAAUAGUCAAAUACUAAAUAGAGAAACAGUUGCCUACUGCCAUUAAUUUUAUAAAAUAUACUUCUCACUUUCAUACAAUAACUGGUUGACUAAAGUUGGUGCCAAACUGAGAAAGAAGUUCUGUUUUAUAUUAUACUUACCUCAAAAAUAGGAAAGGUGAUUGAACAUCAAAAUGAUUGUGAUAUUGUGUGUGCUUCUUAUUCAUUUAAAUUAGGAAAUAUUAGUUGGAAUCAUAUAUGAAAGAAUUUUUGUUGGUCAAAACUAUCUCUGUCAUUCUUAUAAACAUAAUGCUUAUUGCUUGUUCACACUGGUAAUCUAUCUUACAAUCCUCAUGACACAUGUUACAUGAGUCAUAGGUGUGUAUAAAUAAGUGACUAAGCCAUUGACUGUGAAGA